GGCAAGUAAACUAUUUUACCUUACCUGUGUGACAGAGUUGGUUCCCUGGAGGUAGCCUGAAGAAAGAGAUCACACUUACCAUGUCUGUGCCUUUGUCCUUUGAUGGAAAGGUAGUGCUUGUUACAGGAGCGGGUGGGGGACUUGGGAGAGAGUAUGCUUUGGCCUUUGCAGAAAGGGGUGCCUUAGUAGUUGUGAAUGACCUUGGAGGAGACAUCAAGGGAGGUGGGAAAAGCACAUCAGCUGCUGAUAAGGUUGUGGAGGAGAUAAAGGCCAAAGGAGGCAAAGCUGUGGCAAACUAUGACUCAGUGGAGAAUGGUGAAAAACUGAUCCAAACUGCCCUAGAUGCUUUUGGAAGGAUAGAUGUUGUAAUAAACAAUGCUGGGAUACUUCGAGAUCGAUCCUUUGCUAGAACUAGUGACAUGGACUGGGACCUCAUUCAUAGAGUUCACCUGAGGGGCUCUUUCCAAGUCACUCGAGCUGCAUGGAACCACAUGAAGAACCAGAAAUUUGGAAGGAUCAUCAUGACAUCAUCAGCUGCUGGGAUUUAUGGGAACUUUGGUCAGGCCAAUUACAGCGCCGCAAAACUGGGAUUACUGGGGCUGGCCAACACUCUGGCCAUCGAGGGCCAGAAAUACAACAUCCACUGUAACACCAUUGCACCAACAGCCGGCUCCCGCCUCACGGAGACAGUCAUGCCUCCAGAUCUCGUGGCGUCGUUGAAAGCGGAGUACGUUGCUCCGCUCGUGCUCUGGCUUUGUCACGAGCAGUGUCGGGAAAACGGGAGCCUGUUCGAGGUCGGUGCCGGCUGGAUCGGUAAACUGCGCUGGGAGAGGACCCAAGGCGGCAUCCUGCGACACAAAAACCAGAAAAUGACCCCUGAGGCUGUGAGAGACAACUGGGAUCAGAUCUGUGACUUCAGCAACGCCAGCAAGCCAGCUAACAUCCAAGAAUCAUUGCAGUCUUUGGUGGAGGUGCUGUCAAAAGUGGAUGCUGGAGAUGGAGCAGCACCUAAUCCAACCAGUGCUAUGGCCUCAACAACAUCAGGGAUCAACCCUGGAGAGGCCGUUGGACAGCAGCUGCCAGGAAUGACGUUCACCUACUCACACAUGCAGUGCAUCCUCUAUGCUCUGGGAGUGGGCAUGUCCACCAAAGAACCCGACCACCUCAAGUUUCUAUACGAAGGCCACGAGGACUUCAGCUGUCUCCCCACGUUUGGUGUCAUUCCAGCACAAGCCUCCAUGAUGGAGGGCGGACUCAGCACCGUUCCCGGCCUCAACCUUGACCUUACCAGGCUUCUACAUGGAGAACAGUAUUUAGAGCUGUUUAAACCACUACCCACUUCAGGGACGCUAACGUCACGAGCGACAAUUGCGGAUGUCCUAGAUAAAGGAUCGGGUGCUGUCAUUCUCUUGGAUGUCCACACCUACAGCGGGGAAGAGCUCCUUUGCUACAAUCAGUUCUCGCUGUUCAUUGUGGGGGCUGGAGGUUUUGGAGGGAAGAGGACAUCUGAUAAAGCAAAGAGUACAGCCGAUCCUCCAAAGAGGCCUCCUGAUGCAGUGAUGGUGGACACAACCACCAGUGAUCAGGCUGCUCUGUACAGACUGAGUGGAGAUUGGAACCCUCUCCACAUAGACCCCAACUUUGCAGCAAUGGGAGGAUUCAAAUCGCCCAUUCUUCACGGACUGUGCUCAUUUGGCUUCGCCGCCCGCCACGUUCUGAAGCAGUACGCGGACAACGACGUCUCCAGAUUCAAGUCGAUAAAAGUGCGCUUUGUGAAGCCAGUGCUACCAGGGCAGUCUCUGCUGACAGAGAUGUGGAAAGAGGGCAGCAGGAUUCACUUCCAGUGCAAAGUUAAGGAGACAGGAGCUGUUGUUCUGGCUGGAGCUUAUAUAGAUUUACACGGAGCCCCAGUGGAUUCCCCCAGCGCUUCUGUGGAGGCCGGGGGUCUCCAGAGCGAACUGGUGUUCGCUGAGAUCGGGCGUCGGAUCAAGGACAUGGGAGCUGAACUCGUGAAGAAAGUCAAUGCCAUUUUUGGGUGGGAAAUCAUCAAAGAGGGCAAGAUAGCUGCACAGUGGACCAUCGAUCUGAAGACGGGGUCCGGUGCCCUCCACAAGGGUCCGUACAGCGGCAAAGCCGACGUGACAUUUACAGUAUCUGAUGAGGAUUUCAUGGAGGUUGUACUGGGGAAACUCAAUCCUCAGAAGGCGUUCUUCGCUGGAAAGCUGAAAAUCAGAGGGAAUAUCAUGUUGAGCCAGAAGCUGGAGACAAUUCUGAAGGACUACGCCAAGCUGUAGAGCCCUCUUCCCGCUUAAAGAGGAAAACAAAUGAAGGGCGACCUGAGAUUUCAUUUUGUCGAUGACGUGCCCGGGCGCGGUAAUUAGGGCCAGAUACUGUAGAAUCAUUGUUUGCAAUGAGAAACUUGGACGGAUUAAACAGUAAUGAAUGUUCUGUCAGGUGCAAGGAGGGAACAAGGAGAGAGGUUUUUGAGUUCCCGUAGGUCUUCUCUUCUAAUCAUGUGUCAGCGAGUGUUAUCUGUAUUGUAACGUUGCUUCACUGGCCCUGACUCUAGCUCUAGUGUUGUAACAGUUAACAUAUUCCGUUUGUGACUCUGGGUUCAUGAUAUUUUGAUUUUCUGCAUUGCCACAACACCUUUUAACAAAUUGUUUUCUAAAAUGAUUUCCUAACACUGUUUCCUCAGUGAAAGGUGUGUUAUUUCAAUAUGACAUUACCAAAUUUUAAAACACUACUUGUGAUUCGCUCACAUUUCUCAACAAUUCAUAGAGCUAUGUUUGAGAUAUGGAAGCCUGCGGAGGGGUUUUUGUUUGUUUGUUCGUUUGUUUUUUGCUGGAGUUGUUUUUUUCUCCCCAUGUUAGCAUGUCCGGGUCCCUCGUGUAGGUCCUUGCCAUUGUCAUGUUUUGAUCAUAGUAAUAUACAUCAUUGUGAGGGAUACUUGGGCCUCUGAAUAUGUUUAAUAUACAGCAGUGUAUAUUAAUAACUUCAUUGUAGUAAAUUUUGUUCAUAAAUAUGGCAACUAAUUUUUAUCACGAAA